UGUUUGGUCAUCGAAAGGGUUUUUUGACACCAGCACUCGAGGGUACAUCGCCAUGGUGCCGUGUUACGGCCGCUAGCUAACGCGCUAGUGAUGUAGAAAAAUCUUUCAAAAUGCCUACAAAUGCCAGGAAAAACAGCACGUCGUCGCCAACAGACAAAUCGAAAAGGUCAAAGAAGAAAAAGAAAAAGGAUUUAUCGAAAUCAUGUGUAAGGAAGGAGUCAAACUCGGGUUCCGACACAGCAUGCGAAGAGCGCUCUAGUAAAAAAUCUCAUUCGCGUAGAGGUACUAGCAGAUCAACAAAGGGACGCUCGUCUUCGGGGCAGGAAGAAAACUCUACGGAUUUUCGUACAAGCAGUACAGAUGGACGAAGCACUAGUAGUAGCGCCGAAAACUUUAUAUCGCCACAUUGUACAAACUCUUCGUCGGAUUUAGACAACAAAAGACUUAACACAAAUGAAAGACAAACCACACCAGAGAGGGCUACAAACGAAAGUCUUCGGUGGGACAAUACUCUUGACGACCCCAACGCCGAGGAAGAGAGAAUUCGCGUCUACAAAAUGAACCGUAGAAAAAGGUACAUGGCGAGCCUGCAAAUGUCGGAGGAUACCGGGAGCUCGGUGUAUGCGUGAAUCCAGGAUUUUUUUUUUGUAUAUUAUAGAGCGAUAAAAACGUCGUAUGUAUAUCGUACACCCUACACAAUACGUGCUAAAUAAUAACGCGAAAUAAUAAUAGAGCGCUUAUGAGGUUUACGGCUGUCAUUAAAGAUUCCCGCUUGUGUGCCGAAUUGUGAUAAGGUUUUUUUUUUUACUUUUACUAUCUAGGGCUCCGUGAAGGAAGCCUUUAAAAAUUUACCACUUAUCUCGUUAUUUUUUCGUGCAAUUCUAUGCUGGGACGAGAGAGCGUGAUUGAUACAUUAUGUUGAUUUGAGGUCAUAUUUCGGAUUUUGGAAUUCACGCAUUUAUUUACACAAAAUAUUAGAAUCUUUGUUUCCAGCCCAAAUCUUUUUAUAUUUCUUGCUAGAAAAAAAAUAUUUUUUAUGAGACUUCUGACUACAAAAGAGCAUAAACAUUUAAGCUCCCUAGACUCUUCUCUGUACAGUACAUUGCGUGGGUUUGUUGCUGUACCUUAUCAAGAGAUAAAUUUUUCUCGUAUUUCUAAAUAUUACCUGAGAUAUCUGAAUGUAUUGUGGGUGUUUUAAUUAAAAGAUUUCUACUGAUGAGUAAUACACUUGUAUGAAAUAAUAAUAAAAAAUUUAACAUAA